AUGGCCACAACCAUGGGAUCACGACCCGGGUCGACAGGCUCUGCGCCUGCUCAUCACCCAUCACUGCCCGCAUCCCCGACGCUUACAAACCCAGACAUGAUCCUGCCCGACUACCCUGACUACGAUCGGUCCCCUUCGCCUGUCCGCCUCGACUCGAACCGCCCUCAGUCGCCGCUGACCAUGUGGAGGAACGCCCAGGCCGCCGGUGGAUCAAACGACAACAACAUCAACAACAUGCUGUACAACCAGGCGAGCCAGCAGUUCACCGGCUUUGCUUCUGCCGCGCCCGCCACGCCCAUCAUCUAUGGAAACGGGACAAUGCUCUCAGACAUCGGCGAGGUCACCGAGGUCGAGAGCACGCUCGGCAGGCCAUCACCUCCACGGCACAUCCCUGUCCGGGUCUCACCCUACGGGACUAAGGACAGAGACAGCGAAAGUGAUGCCGCGCUGCGAUCUUCUCCGACCAUGGGCCAGGGUGGGAGUCUCUCUGCUAUCAAGAAGAAGGCAAGAGAACAGCGAGAUCGGCGUUCUUCGACCGGCAGCGACAGCACAGUCACCGACCAUCAUGACCAAGCCAACCUAUUCGCAGACUUUAGUGACGCUGUCAGUGUGGGAGGUGACAGUGUCUUUCAGGGCGACGAUGAGGAGAGCAUGGCUAGUUCGUACGUUGAGGAGUCUGACAUUACUGGCGCAUCAGACGGGCAGAGCAGUGUACCUGUGAGCCUCUCUUAUGAGAGCAGACAGAAGUAUUCCACAGCCCAAUUGAGCCGGAGGGCUGAGCACAUUCUUGCUAACGCGAAAAGGAGAUUGACGACUAUGGAGGACAACCUCACUAGGGCUAGAAGCUCGUUAGCCAUCGCCACCUAUUCGUCCGGUUCUAAUGCUUCCACUCCGUCUCCGCCAAUAGCACGGGCAACAUCUGCACUUUUCGUGUCGACAUCGUCUCCUUCGUCACCCGCUCUCUCCGGCCACAGCAGAAAGGGCAGUGAUCAGGCCCUACGGAUCGGCUUACCCAUCAAGGUCUAUCCGCAGAGGUCAUCUAGUGUCACUGGGCACACCAAUUCCAGGCAGCACCCGCUGACCGUUUCUAAGAGCGCGGAUCAGUUGAACGGUCAGUACAAGCGGGCGUCAUACAUUGUGCGCGAAGCACAGGUCGCACUCGAGCCACUCAGCGAAGAUGAGGCAUCACAAGUAUCGAGCCAGGCCCACCUCAACACACCGUACAGGCACUCCACCAUCACGAGUCCAACAUUUGGGACUGGGUCCGAGCGAGGCCUUGCCCGGUCGGCAUCAGUGAAUCAGAUGAGAGACAUCAAGGACCAGGUGAACGACCUCAAGGGCAAGAUCUCCAGCUUGCGGGAGCAAGCGCGAGCAGACAGUCUCAAGAGGAGGAGCAUACAAAGCUUACGGACACCGAGCCCAUUCACUUACUCUCGGGUCGGGCAGUGGUCUGGUGCAUCGGACUCGACAGUGGACUCUGAGACGAAGUCGGACAAGCUGGGCCAUUCAAGCGACGAAACGGCGAGCAUUGGCAAGGACAGUGCCGUGAAUGUCGGUGAAAUAGGUGACUACGAGGCAGCAAGCGUGUACAGCGUCGAAAAUGUGGAACACCCGGGACAUGGCCAAGCUGAUCAAUUCGAUCGCGACAGCACAGCCGCGCUCCGAGCAGAGGGAUUCGUGCAAGUUGAGGACGACGACGAUCUGUUCACCGAGAAUGGCGAUGUUGAUGAAGACGCACUGGAAGAGGAGCUGGAAGAAGUGUUCGACACAGUGAGCGAGGGCGGCGACUCCCUCUAUCAUGAGGCCGUGCAGCACCAAGUCUCGCACGAAGAUCGAGAGGAUGCUUUUGACUACGAGCAUUUCUUUCUCCACAGUGCCAUGGGGACAAUCAGCCAACGAAUGGCCAUGGCCCGUCGAGGGAGCGACGCCACCUAUACCUCAGAGUCGUCAAUGGAGACAACAAGGGGCCCGAUUACUGAGAAGGACCAGAAAAGGCCGCAUCAUUCCAGAAGGGGCAGCGAGGCAUCGGUAUCGAGUUUCGAGUCUUUUGCAACUGCCGAAGAAGCCUUGUCGAGCCGCCAGAGCAUGGAUAGCAGCAGGGGCCCCGAAAACUUGGACGACUUGCCGGAGGAUGGUAGUGCUCCCAGCACACCUUCCACUGAGACUAUGGAAAGUUCGCAAACUUCAAAGCGCACGACAGUCUCUGGGAUCGGCUCACCUUUAUAUGGGAUUUCCGGCCGACCGAGUCCGGAAGGGCAAGCAAAACGAGAAGUCAUGUACUCGACAAUACGUCGGCCGAUGAGCUCGAACGCAGCAAUGAAAGGCCAUCGACCGUCUGUGUCGUCGUUCGACUCGACGGGCACAACACGGAGCUUCCCGCUGGUCAACAGAACCAGCAAGACAUCAAGCACAGGAAUGAUCACCCCGGAGGGCGGGUCCCCAGAUCCUGCAGUGCGGUCGAUCACAAACUCGCUUAUGAGCGACACGACAGUCGCCUGCCAGGAGAUGCAGAAUGGCGAAACGGCCAAAAACGAUCAUUCCGCCCAUGGCGGGCACAAGCACAACAUUAGCAUCAGCAGCACCGCGAGCCUCAUGCAGGAGAACGGCACGACGGCCGUAAUAGAAACUCUGCCCCGAGACGACCAAUUCCUGGUCGAGAGGACGGUGGCGAGCCUGGGCCGGUGCGUCCUUGGCCUAACGGAGAGCGGCCGGGCGAGCGCAGAGGGACGGAUGUACAGGAGAAGGAUCGAUGCUGCGAGGAGGAUCCUCGAGGGGCUGGAUCACUCUUGA